AUGGCGAACAAGCAGGGAAAGAUGAUCAAUUACCGGAUGAGAGUGACUAUGAAUGAUGGACGUCAAAUGGUUGGACAGAUGUUAGCAUUUGAUAAGCACAUGAACCUCGUUCUCGCCGAUACAGAAGAAUUCAGACGCGUCAAGCGCAAGGCACCAAAAGCUACAACUGCUCCUGGAGCUAGUUCCGCUGCACCACUUCUCGUCGAAACGGAAGAAAAGCGCACAUUAGGUCUUACAAUUAUUCGAGGCACACAUGUUAUUUCUCUAUCUGUCGAAUCACCUCCACCAGCAGAUCCAAGUGCUCGUUUAGGUGCUAGUGUUCCAGGUGGUGCUGUACCUUCAGCUGCAAUGGCUGCAGGAACAGGAAUUGCAAGACCAGCCGCUGGAAGAGGUGGAUUAGCUGGUCCGGCUGUUGGAAUUGGUGGAUUUCCGGGUAUGCCAACUCCUCCACCAUUUGGAAGAGGUGCACCACCUCCAGGAUUUGGUGGUGGAUUCCCUCCUCCAGGUUUCCCAGGUCCACCAGGUGGUUUUGCUCCACCUCGCAGGGGCGAUGCAAAGAAGGUUAUGCUCAAUCAGAAUACAGGCGUUGAGGGUGGUUUUGACUUCACAUACCAAAAUUCGCAAAUUUGCAGCAUAAAAGCAAGCAAGUAA